CGAUAGGCUCCUCCGAGAGGAAGGCCCAGAUUGCAUUUCUUCAGGGUGAAAGGAAAGGCCAAGAAAAUUUGAAGAAGGAUCUUGUGAGGAGGAUCAAAAUGCUGGAGUAUGCUCUUAAACAGGAAAGAGCCAAAUACCACAAGUUGAAAUAUGGGACAGAAUUGAAUCAGGGAGAUAUGAAGCCUCCAAGCUAUGAUUCUGAUGAAGGUAAUGAAACAGAGGUGCAGCCACAACAAAAUAGCCAGUUAAUGUGGAAACAAGGUCGUCAACUACUCAGACAGUAUCUACAGGAGGUGGGAUACACAGAUACUAUUCUAGAUGUGAAGUCUAAACGAGUGAGAGCUUUGUUGGGCUUUUCAAGUGAUGUCACGGACAGAGAAGAUGACAAAAAUCAGGACUCACUUAUAAAUGGCACAGAAGGUGAAGUUAAAGAUACAGCAAUGAUUGGGAAAUCUGAGUUAACAGAUUCUGCCUCUGUGCUGGAUAAUUUCAAAUUCCCUGAAAGUGCAGCUGCAGAUUUCAGUGAUGAAGACGAAGAUGAUGACAUUGAUGGACGAGAGAAAAGCAUCAUUGAUACUUCAACAAUUGUUAGGAAAAAAGCAUUGCCUCAGAGCAGUGACGAUCGAGAUACAGAAGAAGCUCUAAAGGAGUUUGACUUCUUGGUUACAUCAGAGGAAGGCGACAGUGAAUCUAGAAGUGCAGGUGACGGAACAGACUGGGAAAAGGAAGACCAGUGUCUCAUGCCUGAAGCUUGGAAUGUGGACCAGGGAGUAAUUACCAAACUCAAGGAACAAUACAAAAAGGAGAGAAAGGGGAAAAAGGGGGUGAAGAGAAAAACUACCGAAGAUCUGUUUCAGCCUCUAUCCUAUAUAAAACAGUCAAAACAGGGAUGUGGGAGAAUGAAGAAUCAAGUUUCAGGGCCCAAUAGGUCAAAACUACAAGAUAUGCUUGCUAAUUUGAGAGAUGUUGAUGAACUUCCUUCAUUGCAGCCAUCUGUGGGUUCACCUUCCAGACCCAGCAGCUCCAGGCUUCCUGAACAUGAAAUAAAUAGAGCAGAUGAAGUGGAAGCACUGACAUUUCCUCCUUCCUCUGGGAAGUCAUUCAUCAUGGGAGCAGAUGAAGCCCUUGAAAAUGAACUGGGACUUGGAGAAUUGGCAGGCCUCACUGUGGCUAAUGAAGCAGAUUCACUAACAUAUGACAUAGCAAAUAAUAAAGAUGCACUGAGGAAGACAUGGAACCCUAAAUUUACGUUAAGAAGUCACUUUGAUGGCAUUCGAGCCCUUGCUUUCCACCCCAUUGAGCCUGUUUUGAUAACAGCAUCAGAAGAUCACACAUUAAAAAUGUGGAAUUUACAGAAAACAGCCCCAGCCAAAAAGAGUACAUCUCUUGAUGUGGAGCCUAUCUAUACAUUCAGGGCUCAUAAAGGUCCAGUGCUCUGUGUGGUGAUGAGCAGCAACGGUGAGCAGUGUUUCAGUGGUGGUACCGAUGGACUGAUCCAGGGCUGGAACACGACCAACCCCAACAUCGACCCCUAUGACUCCUAUGACCCUUCUGUUCUAAGGGGCCCUCUGCUCGGCCACACCGACGCCGUCUGGGGUCUGGCUUACAGUGCAGCUCACCAGCGUUUGCUGUCCUGUUCAGCAGAUGGCACUCUUCGUCUAUGGAACACAACGGAGGUUGCUCCAGCCUUAAGUGUGUUUAAUGAUAAUCAAGAAUUUGGAAUCCCUGCCUCUGUGGAUCUAGUAAGCAGUGACCCGAGCCUUAUGGUAGCAUCAUUCAGCAAAGGAUAUACAAGCAUCUUUAACAUGGAAACACAACAACGGAUUCUCACUUUAGAAUCCAAUCUAGAUACGACAGCCAACUCUUCCUGCCAAAUAAAUAGAGUCAUUAGUCACCCCACUCUUCCCAUCAGCAUCACUGCUCAUGAAGACAGGCACAUCAAAUUCUAUGAUAACAAUACAGGCAAACUCAUCCACUCAAUGGUAGCCCACCUAGAAGCCGUUACAAGUUUAGCGGUUGAUCCUAAUGGCCUGUACUUGAUGUCUGGCAGUCAUGACUGUUCAAUACGUUUAUGGAACCUAGAAAGUAAGACAUGUAUCCAGGAGUUCACAGCUCAUCGGAAAAAGUUUGAAGAAUCAAUUCAUGAUGUAGCUUUCCACCCAUCCAAAUGCUAUAUAGCCAGUGCUGGGGCUGACGCACUGGCUAAAGUCUUUGUAUGAUAGAAUGCAUCUUCUUCACCUUCUAUCUCUUUAUAAAUAACCAACUGCACAAAAGAGAUACAGAAGACGAGGGAAAGAAUCAACGCAUUCUGCCCUUUUGUUCUGCUGAAGGAGCACAGAGAACAUUUGUAAAUUUACUAGAGCUGACCUCUCGGGGCAUCAUCAGUUCAGAUUCCUAAGUCAGUCCUUUUCUCCACACCCCACGCCCCUCAACUGGUGAGCCCUGGGACAAAUUGUUUGAUCUUCAGGUAUUUUAAAAAUUAGUUAUAAUAUCAAUUAAUGUAAAUUAAUCCAAAUGCUAAUUUUUGUGGUGCAAGAAGUUUCUUUUGUAAAUUCAGGGUAUAGAUAAGCUAAUUGAGAUAUCCUUUUCUGGUGGCUCUAAGUGUAUUAUUGUUUUUAAAUAAAGUGUACAAAUAUAGAUAAUGUG